UUUCCAUGUUUUGCAGGAAAGGGGAGGGGGCUUCCUUGUUGGAUAUUGUUUUGACUCGCAACCCCGUUCACCCGGAGGUUAUGGAAACUGGAUGAUCCUCCGUUUAGCCUACUGCUAAUAUCUGGACAAUGCACAGAGUCUGACCAUCACGCGGCCUUCUAAGCGCCGAAAACGAGAAGGAGGAGAAACUGUCAAUCGGCGGAAACGAACGUUACAGGGCAUGGAUUUCCCUGGGCACUUUGACCAGAUCUUCCAGCAGCUGAACUCCCAGCGGCUGCACGGCCAGCUAUGCGACUGCGUGAUCGUGGUGGGCAGCCGCCAUUUCAAGGCCCACCGCUCGGUGCUGGCGGCCUGCAGCACGCACUUCCGGGCACUCUUCACGGUCGCCGAGGGCGACGGCAGCAUGAACAUGAUCCAGCUGGACAGCGAGGUGGUGACGGCGGAGGCCUUCGCCGCCCUGGUGGACAUGAUGUACACAUCCACCCUCGUGCUGGGCGAGAGCAACGUGAUGGACGUGCUGCUGGCAGCCUCUCACCUGCACCUCAAUGCUGUAGUCAAGGCCUGCAAGCACUACCUGACCACCCGCACCCUGCCCAUGUCCCCCCCUGGGGACAGGGCCACCCACCACCACCACCCGGACCAGCAGCAGCAGGGCCCCUCGGGUGGCUCCAGCUCUCGACUCCAGCGCUCCUUCUUGCUGCAGCAGCUGGGCCUCAGCCUGGUCAGCUCGGCUUUGGGAGGGACGGAUGAAGGGGUCGAGGCUGGGCAUGGGGGGUCAGUGGAUCAGCGGGCCUCCUUCCCCAUCCGCAGGUUCCACAAGCGCAAGGCCUCCUCCUCGCUGAUAGCCCCCGAGGAUCGGCAGAGGCAGAGGCUCCGUCCCCUCCUGGACCCGGAGGGCCCCCUGAUCGUGAGGGUGCGGGGCGGGGACACAGACUCCCUCAAGGCCGGCGAUGAGCCGAAGUUGGAGAAAGGCACGGACGAGCAGAAGUAUGGAGAUGGGACGGCGCAGGAGGACGCGCAGGUGCCCAGCCAAUCGGACAGCGGGAGGGACGGUGGGAAGGAGGAGCCGGGUGACGGGGUGGCAGUUCAGGUGAAGGAGGGCGAGGAGGAGGAGGAGCCACAGCACGUUCGAGUGGUGGUGAAGGCCGAGCCCCUAAGCUCUCCCGAACCUCCCGACGAGACCAGCGACGUCACCUCCCAGGCCGAGGGCAGCGACCAGGCCGAGCCCGGAGCGGACAAGAAUGAGCUGAGCCCCGAGAGCAGCGACCGUGGCUUUUCUGACCCCCAGUCCAGCACGGACCACAUGGGGAACGUUCAUGUGGCGGAGGGGAGCUCAAACAGGGAGGGUGUGGGUGAAGACCCCGGGUGUAGAUUCUCAGGGGGCGGGGUACUAAUGGGCACUGACAGUCUCGAGAGGAAGCAGGGCUUUAGCAUCUCCAGCUUCCUGUGUGCUAAGGGCUUCGGCGAGCCUGGUCCCGGGUCUGGCAGGGAUGACAGUCUUCCCAACACCACCACGUCCGAGUGCCGCCUGGACAGCGAGGCUGGCGGGUUCCUGCAGAGCCCGGAGUCACUCCACGGGCCGUCGUCUUCUUCUCUGGUGCAUCCCGGCUCCCACCAGCACCCCCACCAGCACUUCCUCUCCAGUGAGCCGCACCCUUUCGCUGACGUCCACCCCGACGCCCUCUUCCUGCGGCCCCUCGAGGACGGGCUGGGCUACCGGCGGGUCGGGGCUGAUCAAUAUGCCCUGGACUUUCAGCGUUCGAGCCUGGGCUUGCACUCGCUCGGCCACUCCUCCAGGGGAGGUGGGGGUGGGGCGAACCUGGUGUUCCCCAGUUACCGCCGUAUCGCCCCCAAAAUGCCCCCAAACGGCAGAGGGGGGUCUCUGAAUGUAGACGGCACUCAGCUCCCGGAUGCCUCUUCUUCCUCCGGCGCACCAGGGGGCGCUGUGCUCCUGAACGGGGUUGCUUACGAAGGGGCUGGGACCACUCGGGGUGCCCCCCAGUCCGUGCCGCCUCAACUGACGAGGGCAUCGGCCGACGUCCUCUCCAAGUGCAAGAAGGCCCUGUCGGAGCACAACGUCUUGGUGGUGGAGGGAGCGCGCAAGUACGCUUGCAAGAUCUGCUGCAAGACCUUCCUGACGCUGACGGACUGCAAGAAGCACAUCCGCGUGCACACCGGUGAGAAGCCCUACGCCUGCCUGAAGUGCGGCAAGCGCUUCAGCCAGUCCAGCCACCUGUACAAGCACUCCAAGACCACCUGCCUGCGCUGGCAGAACAGCAACCUGCAGAGCGCUCUCCUCUGAUCUGCCUCAAACCGGUUAGCUAUAUUUUUGCCCUCAAUAGCACUCUGGGGGCAGACGGUUGUGUCAAAAGGGUAAUCUCGCACCUGUGUGUUAGCUAAUCAAUCAGGGGAAGAAAUAAUUUAAAAAGAGCAGCGUCGUAUACGGUAAAGGCAGCUUGGGCUCCCAGCAGAUUUAGUGUUAAGGCCCGGACACACCAAACCGACGGUCGGCCGUCGGACGUCGGUGGCGCCCUGUCGGCCGAGUCUUUCCGGUGUGUCGUGUCGGCGUGUUUUGGAGGGCUCCGACUCCGAUUCAACAUGUUGAAUCGGUGUCGGAGCCCCCGGAGCCGUCGAUGAGAGAGAGCUCUCUGAUUGGCUGUCCAGCUAGCGAAUCAGUGCACGAGAAGAGAAACGGAAGCGACGAAAGCAAGCCAUUCCAAAGUUACUAUCACUACCAGACAUAAUUUUCGAUUAGUAUUACUAAAUAGCGAGAGAACAAGGAAAUUGCUGCAAACUGUUUGUUGUGAGCGAGAUAAUGGCUGCUUCUAGGUCCAACUCAAUGCAAACGUAUUCCCCGGUCUUCCGGUUUCCAUUUUUUGAAAGACAAGAGUUAUUACCGCUCACGCAGGCGCAGAACGUACAUGCAACUCGGCUGUCGGCGGACCGUCGUUGCGGUGUGUUCGGCACAGCCAACAUUAACGAGGCAAUCUUUUUCGGCACUCCGCGGCCGACCGUUGGUUUGGUGUGUCCGGGCCUUUAGUCUGAUUGUCUAACACAAUCAGAGACCAGGGUUCAAGGCUCAUCUUGUUUCGCUCACUUAUAAAAACAAUUACAAAAUAACAAAUUAGGCGGCACGGAUGGUGCAGUGGGUAGCACUGCCGCCUCACAGCAAGGAGGUCCUGGGUUCGAAUCCCCGUCGGCCGGGGCCUCUCUGUGCGGAGUUUGCAUGUUCUCCCUGUGCUUGCAUGGGUUUCCUCCGGGUACUCCGGUUUCCUCCCACAGUCCAAAGACAUGCAGGUUAGGCUGAUUGGAGAGUCUAAAUUGCCCAUAGGUAUGAGUGUGUGAGUAAAUGGACUGGAAUGGAAUGGACUGGCGACCUGUCCAGGGUGUAUUCCUGCCUUUCGCCCAAUGUAUGCUGGGAUAGGCUCCAGCCCCCCUGCGACCCGGUUCAGGAUAAGCGGGUUCAGGUAAUGAAUGAAUGAAUGAAUAACCAAUUAUAUUUUAAACUUAGUUCAGGGGGUCUGGUGAAAGCCAAUCUUAACUGAAAUAGGUCCAUUCAAGCAACUCUCAGCUUAGAGGGCAGAACAGAGUUUGCUUUGGUAGUAAUGUCAAGCAAAACACGGCUGUCUGCCCUCUGGGUGCUGUUAAAGGAGUAACAUGGUGGUUGAAUGUGACACUUGCCAGUUGUCUUUAGGUAACAAUAAAACAAAUAUGCAUUUUAUUUUAUUAUUCAGUCAUUUAAAUGUAUUUUAAAACGUAAUUUUCUAAACCUAUAUUUCCCGCUAUAAAGGUUCACCCAAACUCUCUGGGCGUGGUAAUGACAACGUUUAAUUAGCUAUGAUUGACAGACCGUGCCCCUACUUUCCACACAUUGCUGUUUGUUUUUUAAAGCACAAUUAUAACAUCCUUAUGGAAGCAAACUAGCUAGAAAACAUUAUCGAAAACGUCACCUAAUGAAAGCAAACUAGCUAGCUAAAUGAAUAUAACCAGAAAUCGUCUAAUUUAAGUGAACCCUAAAGUUCAUCAAAUAUUUCCAUUGUCUUGCCUGUAGGCCAGUGGCACAAACUGCGUGGAUAUGGGAGUGGCUAUCCUUGUGUGACUUCUCCAAAACUAAGGAAUGGACAUAUUUAAUACUUUCAUCAUGUUUCUACAAUGCCCUCUUGUGCAAUUUGCAUAUAAAAACCUAGAAAGUGUGAGCAACCACCAUUUUACCCCUUUAAGGGCAAAAAAAUGGAUCGAGCCCCCAAACAGUACCAUACACAUCACCCCCUUGGAUCACAGGGUCCAUUUGUGUGAUAAGCACUGAGUAAAAUAUGUAAGAAAUGGGUUAUGUGGCGGUUUUGGGCUCGGGAGUCCUACAUGACUUGCCAAGUUCUUUAAAAGAGAUCCAAGAUGCAUAAAACAUGAGAUCCAAAAAACAUGGUUGGUCAGAGCUGGUCAAGCUGGUCCAAAAUAAAGCACCUUUUAUUUGAACGUUAAAUUCUCUAAACUUCUGGAAAUGGGGCAACUAUUGGCACUUUGCCUAUAUGUUUUUUGUAUUAAUGUUGCUCAGUUAUAAUUGUAAAUUCUAAAUGUAUUUCUUUCUACACACAGAAUCUACAUUGUUGAAGGUUUAAAAAAUAAAUAGGACCUUUUUAAUUGUAGGGAAAAAAGAAAAUCCAUGGAUGUCCACAUUUCCUGAAAUCUAUUCUACCUGGGUAUUCAUCAGGCUCUUGUUGAUGAAUUUAAAAAGUGUUUUGA